UUCUCCGGCUCACGUCGAAUAUCCUCUUGCCUGUUCCCGCUUGAUCUACUUCGUCCCUGCACAUUGAAGGGCAAGAAAGCUUUCCUUGUUGAAUAUGUCGAGCACCGAAGCAACGCACCCAGAUGCGGAGGUUGUCCCUCAGAAUGUUGGAGAGGUUGAGAAGAGAGAGAUCGAGCCGAUCAAGCCAUCGCAGACACCUGGACUGGCCAAAUUGCCCAGUGACGUGAAGACGACGAUUUCCAAGGCUGACGAGAUCAUCUUGCGCCUUAGCAAACUGAUCAAGACCACCGCAGGUCUCGGCGCUGCCCUUUCUACUCUGAACUAUUCCAUCUACCUUGCCGCAUACCUUCAUGCGCAAUCGCCCACGCGCGCCGCUGUCAUCGCAUACAUCUCCCGCCUCAUAGGUCGUACGCCCCAGAAGAUCGCCCCCGGCGCGCUCGCUCCAGCGGCACCUACCUCGUUUCUCACCCCUCUGGGCGCCUUGAUCUCCGAUACGCGUACUACAUUGCGUUUGACAGGCUUGAUUCCCAUGUACCUAUGGCUGAGGUCAUUGCUUUCCAAGAAGACAGCCUCUGAAAUGGAUUUUGCGCUCAGACGCGUUGCACUCAUCCAGUGCAGCGCCUAUAUCGGUUUCCAGGCACUUGAAAAUGUCUACCACUUGGGUCUCAAGGGCGUGAUCCCUUUGACCGUUGUUGAGAGGCGCGGCGGCGUUGCCAAAUGGGUCGCAUGGAGCUGCCGUGCGUGGUUGGUCGGUGUGGCCAGCGACUUCCUCCGCCUACAGCGUGAGGCUCAGCUUGAACAGCAGAAGGUCGGACGAACCUCUCAGGAGAAGGAAGACUUUGAUCGCAAGUGGUGGAAUGAGUUCAUGACUGCGGCAUACUGGAUGCCCGUCGCUGUGCAUUACAGCCUGUAUCCAGAGGGUAUCAAGGGUUUCAAUAUGGGCUUUGUCGGCUUUUUGGGUAUGAUGGCUGGUUUGAACAACUUCAGAAACCAGUGGGCUGCCACGGCUUGAGGUGAAAAUUGAUCUGGAAAUCUCUCGAGUGGGAAUUAUUC